CUUGAGAGGAGAACUCAACUCGGGAGAAGCGACUGUGGCAAGUGCAUUAUAUUUUUUCCUUCAAAACCUUUAGUGAUUUAGUGGCUAUAGCAACAACAAAUAAACACUGCACUUUUACCAAUUUACAUACACAUUAAUACUAUUUAUGUGUACUAAAUUUAGCCUUGCUCAGUGCCUUCUUACUUAUUUUUUGUGUUGUCCAUGAACGCUCCAUUUAUUAUUAAUUUUCAACCAAUACAGACUGUGAAACACACAAUGACAAUGCAUGUAACAAAUGGGCAUGGGAGUAUACGGUAGAUAGUAUAGUUAGAGGCAUAGUCAUGGGCCCAAGCCUAAGGUCAAUGUUAAUUAAACUAUUAUUAAAUAUUUAUUGUAGUAUUUGAAUAAUUUGUAUGGUAAUUGUAGGCUUGUACUUGUACUUGUAGGCCUACCUAACAAUGAACACUAUCACUAUCAGACUAAUUACUAAUCAGAGACAAAAUGAUUUGACUGAUUGAUGUGGAUGAUGACGAUGAUAACUGAUAAUUUAUAACUAAAUAUGAUAUUGUUAUUGACAUGUAACAUGUAUCUAUUUAUUUCCAAAAAAUGUCACUCACCUCAAAAUAAAAUUACUACUAAUACAACCCAUUCAUUAUCAUUAAUUCAAAGAAUUACACAAGACACAAGACAUUAUUAUUAAUUAAACCAAAUAAUUUUAAUAUAUUAAUAAUAAUAUUAAUAGUGUAUUAAUUAGUAUUAUUGCAGGUGAAAUACAAUUCCUGGCACAGUCUUAAAAUGUAAUAUCAACUUAAAUUGUUUAGUUGCGACACCACACCAAAUUUGAACUUUGUAUCUUUAAAAUUUAAUAAGUAUAAGUAAUGAUUAUUUAUCCCUCCAAAAAUGUGCAGUUUAUUGAAUUAAUAUUAACAAUGAAAAAAAUAGGAACUUAACAUUUUAUUAAAGUUAUUUCAAUAAGAAAAUGUUAUUCUGAAGCAUAUUAUAUUAUCAUAUACUUUCCUUUAUAUAUAAUAUUAUCAACAAAUACUGUAAAUAUGAAAUUUUUAUAUUGAGAAAUAUGCAAGAAAUAUGGGUAAAAAGGAUAAGCCAAAAAUUGUUUAACAAAAUGUGGACGAAAACUUUAAAAGUGGACCAAAACAUCAUAGCAGUUGAACUACUUGAGCUGGAAAGAUGAGCUUGGUGUUUCGUAAACCAUUCACUUGGCUCUAUUCAACUGAACUGCAUUUAUAUUUUAGAAAUCUUUUUGAAAUUUCAUCAAAAUCAAAGUACCUAUAACUAUAGUCAUAGUAUGUCACAGUACAGCAUGUCAAUUAGACAUGGAAGUCCAUAAAGUUAGUAAUGAUUUAGCAAUUAUUUAACUGAGACACUUAAGUAUGAAGUAAAAAAAUUAUACAAUUAUUGACUUUUCUCAAAGCUUAAUUCUUAUUCCCACAGGAUUCUCUUGGAACUUGCUGCAGUAUGUCAUAUUUAAUGAAGUAAUGGAUGGAAAAAUCUUUAUCUUAGUUUCAGUGAACUAUGCAUUUAUCAAUACAGUCAAGUUCAGAUAGGGUAAAAAGAUUUAAAAAUGUAGUGGUAGUUUUAUUCAUAGUAUUGUCCACACUUGGUGAUUUUGUCAAUGGAAAGCUUAUUUAUGAAGCAGGGAAAGGAAAUAGGACGUUUUAUUCAUCAGUCAUAAACGAUGACAAUGACAUUGUCUCAAACAAUAAUGAUCGUAGUCUUUUAUUAUCCAAGAGGAAUAGGGCUGAAGAAGAAAAUCCCUCCACUUCAACCCUUGUGCUAGUGCAAGUUGUGAGUAUACCUUUUUUCAAAAAUGAAAUUUUUAAAAUCUAUUUAUAGAUUAUAUGGUUAGUUACACCAUUUUUAAAAAAUGUAUACAAAUAAAUUAAUGAGCUGGAAAUAGCUCAAGUAUGUUAAAUGGAAAAAAGUAUUUUAUCCUCAAGUAGUAUUUAACUAUGUGCUAUUAAAUAGAGGCAUACCCCAUUAUUUUCAGUAUGACAUUUGGACUUACAUCAUUUAGUGCUUUUUCAUUUAUUGAAACAUAAACAGUUUUCCCAAUGGCCAGAUAAAUGUAUCAAUGUGAAAGAAAAAAAAUGCAGAAUGUUUUUUUCUCAGUUGCUACAAAAAAGCUUCUGACUUAUUAACUAAGGAAACCUUUUAAAGAUGCACAUACAUUAGAAAUAAUAAUAAUGCUUAUUGACCACAUUUUUGCAAUUUUCAUGCCCAAGAUAAAUAAAAUAAAAUAUUAUCUUUAUGUAACUUGAGAUAUUGCUCACUAUAUAUUCAUAGUGCAAACAUUAUGUACAACACUUUUGUAUACAUGCACCCAGUGGUGGGAUAUCAAAGUUUUAAAAACCAAAUCACAAUCUUAAAAUAAUCCCCAAGGCCAAUAAACAUUGUACAAAUGCACUCGUAAUUAACAUAAAACACUAACACAUCAGAGCAUUUUGUGAGCAUGAACUAUAUAAAAAGCGCUUGAUUCUGCUGGGUGCUGUCCAUGGCUAGACAGGGGUAGAUAGUACUGUUGAAAAAUAUUAAGUUGCUAAGGUACUUCACAGGGAAGAUAAUCAAACAAGCAUAGGCAACCAUCAAGGUUAGUUCAACGUUUUAUUGUAGGAGAACAACAUGGAGUCCAAUCAACAUGGAGCACUCGACAAGACAGAAUAAAAACAUGACGUCACUACACAAUAAAAAUGUGGUGUGCAAAACAAUGCGCAAUUAGCAUUCAGCAUUUUGUCAAUUUCCAACAAGUACUUGGGUGGGUGAGGUCAAGCUUUUCACCAAUUGUUGUUUUUAAAUGUAAAUGUUUCUGUAAUUGCUAAUUUUUAUGUGAAGCGCAGUGAGUCUAGCCCUAGGCUGGGGUACUGCGCUUUAUAAAACCAUCUAAUAAUUAUGAUAAUAAUAAUAAAAAAUAGAUUUUAUUUUAUUUUAAAAGGUUCACCGCCAUGGAGAUCGUGGCCCAGUGCAUACCUACCCCAAAGAUCCUAAUAAAGACAGAUGGCCUCAGGGUCUGGGACAACUAACUACAGUAAGUAAAAUAUAUGUUUCUUUUACAUUAUCAAUUUUUGCUGGUAUCCCUUAUGCAUUUUGACUUGAACGUGUGUGUCACACAAAAAUGAGCCAUGCACUUUUUAGAUAUCCAACAAGCUGAUCAGUUUACGGCAUAGUGCAAGGUGAAUAGAUAUAUAAAUAGUGCAAUGAUAUACUACACCCCAUCUUUUCAUUUAUUAAAGCACAAAAUUUGCCAGUUUAGUAUUUUAAUGGCAUAAUUCCAUCAAUUGUAAAGCCAACAUUGUUUUGCAAAUUUUUUUGUUUGAAAAUGGCUUUGCAUUAUUUAAUGCAGUAUUUUCUCUUUACUAGUUUAUCAUGACCUUAAUUUUUAGUUUAGCAUUACGAAUUGCACAUACAAUCGAUGGGUUUCCAAAUGAGAAAAGAAAGGUUGGUGGAGAUAACAUCUGGGUUACAAAAGAAAAUGUAGUUACAAUUGUGAAAGUUAUGCAAGCAUCAACUGUUGAAGGUCUGUUAACAGCCCAUUUCUCUUAAACAUGUUAAACAUUAUAUACACCUUAUCCUGGAAUUUGAGAUGUUAACUUCAAUAUCUCCCUCAUUUUCUCCCUAGAUUUUUGUUUUAGAUUAGGACUAUGCAAUGUGUAAAGAAAUAUUAAUUUUGAUACGUCAAAUAAUUAACUAAGGAUGUUUUGACAGCAAUAACUGGUUGUUUGUAUUUAGUAAAUGAUAAUAAUGUUAUUUUUAUCAUAUUUAAAAAAAAAAUUAAACCAAAUUUUUUUUUUUACUAUUAUUUAAUAAAUAAAAGACUUUAAGCAAUAAUGAGCAUAUGAUACCAUAUCUAUUUAUAAAAAUAAUAAAUAUAUGGUAUUAUUUAUAUAUAAAAUAAUAAACAUCCAGUAUUAUCUAUAGAUGUUACCAACCCUUUUAUAAGUAUUAUCUAUACAAUCUCUUCAUUGAUACAUGCUUUGCUGAUGUAAUUAUUCCUUUUUUUGGUGAUGGAAGUUUUAGGUCAUUUCCAAAAAUAGAUGACUAUCUCUAAGAUUGAAAUCCAUGGUCACUUAGUUGUGAUACAUAUUUGUGAAAAAAAAAAUGUAUAUAUAUAAUUUAGAUUUAAAUAAAAAACAACUGAAAAAUCAAAGCAAUUAUUUUAGAUAAAUCUGAUGUAUUUUAAAAGUUAAAUAUCUUUUAGGUUCAUUUAAAUUAUUUAUGAGUAAAACUUUAUAUUUUUACAGAAAGGAAUGCUUAGCGCCUAUAAACUUGGCCAGUUUUUACUGCAGAGAUAUGAAGCUUUCCUUGGCAACAGAUUUAAUCAUUCCCAGGUAAAAUUGAUUAAAUGAAAAUGGAAAAAUUUGUAUCUAAAUAUAAUUGCAAAACAAGAAAAGUAUCUCUUUAUUUAAAAACUGUUUUUCCAAACCCACUUUGUUCACAUGUUGCAUUUUAAUGAACAUAAAUAUAGUUUUUACUACAUCAUAUAAAUUUGUUUGUAUGAUUGGCACCUUCAGAUCUGAAAGCCAUAUUAGUAUAGUUCAAAUUUUUUAUAGAUAAAUUAAAUAUAAAUCUGGCAUAGUUUUUUUUUCUCAAUUUAAUUUUUUUUUUUUUUUUCAAAUUUUUUUGCUAAAUACGUCAUUCCUAUAUGCAUUACAGAAGCCCAGAUUAUGAUCGUACAUUAAUGACAGCAGAUAAUUUUUUAUAUAUAAAUUAAAUAUAAAAUUGGUAUAUUUUUUUUUUCUCAAUUUAAUUUUUUUUUUUUUUUUCAAAUUUCUUUGCUAAAUAUGUCAUUCCUAGAUGCAUUACAGAAGCACAGAUUAUGAUCGUACAUUAAUGACAGCAGAAUGUGUUGCAGCAGGACUCUUUCCUCUCAAUAUCAGUAGUGAAGAUUGGCCCUUAGGCCUGUGGCAGCCUAUUCCAGUGCAUUCAGUCCCAGAAAAGAUGGACAAGGUGAUUAUAAUAGUCAUAAUUUAUAAAUUAAACUUUGUCCAGUUAACAAUAAUGAAUUAAUUCCAUGAUAAUAUCCUUAUUAAAUGUCCAGUUUAUUCUAUGGUGUGUGCUAAAGGCAGAUUUUUAAAGACAUCUUUGACCGUUGACGAAAUACCACAGACCGAUUGUAGGGUGUGUUUUCAUCAGGAACACCUAGUUUUAGUAGAAAAGGAGUGGCUUUUGUCAUUAUGCAGGCUUUCAACACAGGUUUUCCUAAAUACAGGAACCAAAUGGAAGUACAAGAUCUAAGAAUAAAAAUGACCUUUUUUCCUCAUUAACUAUUUUUUUUUUUUGUUGAAAAGAAAAGCAUCACAUAUCUAUUUAAUAAAUUACUUAUGUUUUAGUUUGACUUACUGUAUUUAUUGGCGUAUAACAUGCACAGGCGUAUAACAUGCACCAUUCGCGCCGCUGAAGGUGCUCAUCAGUAAGUUUGGCCCUGAGCUUUGACUUGUUAAAGUUCAUAGUGGAAAAGAGCUUUUCACACAGAUAGGUACUCCCAAAAAAGGCACAUGAUACGCUUGAACAACCUGGAAAUCUUAGGGAAGGUUCAGAGGACAAUGUUCUCAUCAAUCCUUCAUGCUUGCCUGUUUUUCCAUUCACCUUCCUGAACCAAGAAUUGCACUGAAGAUCAAUCAGCUCCAUUUGAAGCGCAGGGGGGUAUCUUCCAACUUAAAGGAAGAAGGGUCAGCAAAAAGUGUCUCUGUGUCUAAAAAUACGUGAUCAAAUUCUUCCUGUAGCUUUGCAAUGGCAUCAGUAUACUUACUACUGAAUGGUGUGCCCAAGUCCAUGAGCACUUUGCAUGUUAGGAAAUAGCAGAGGUUUCUCUAAGAACCAUAACACAAGUUUUGUGCCAAAUGAAAGCCCUGACAUUGUCAUAGGCAACACUGACAAGCUACUUUAACUACUUGUUGAGUAAAUUCAGCUCCUGUGUAAUGUCACCAAGAAAAGUCCAUGAGCCAUUUGGAAUCACUUAGUACAGAAACAACCACCUCAUCCUUCUCCAUGAAGGCUUUCAAGGCUAAAACGUGUUCAAACAGUAGGCAGGAGCAGGCAAUAUUAUGAAUUAUUGAUGUGAAGGAAGAUGGUGUUGUAGAAAGAAUGAAUUUUGAUUUUUUAUCGUAGAAAAAACUUUUUUGACUAACCCUAUUUUGAAAGUGACCAAGCUGACAGGCUCGGAAUUUCCCUCACCCAUAAACACUAGCAGCAAUUUUAAUUUUGAUUCUUUGAUACUGUGUCAGAUUGCUACGAUUUACACAAUUAUAGUUGUGCAUUACCCACUAACUGACUUUUAAAUCUUUUCUCAAAUCCGCACUUUGGCCGUGUUUGUCUCAUUAAAUGCUAUAAAAUAAAAGCUUUUAGUCCGAGUUUAAAAUGGUUUUUACCAUUAUAAUCAACGUCCAAAUCUAUACAAACAUCAUUUAAAUCAGAAUUAGACUAGUCCAUGAGAUUCUACUGAAACCAUCACGGAGGAUCACAUUAUAGAUAUGAGAAUGGGGAAAACGUGGGGGCCGCAAUAACAAUAGCCUUUGCUUUUAUGUAGUUGGCCGCAAAAUAUCGUGCCGCAAGUUUGAGACCCCUGAACUAACGGGAUAUAAGUGCAACCUAAUGGCCAUUAAAAAUAAUUUAUUUAAGAAACACAUAGCUUCACUUUAAUAAAACAUUUACAUUUUUAUAAUAUAGUUUCAUAAAAUUUUAUUGUUGAUACCACAGUAAAGGGAAUUGCAUUCCAUUUCCACCAAUUCAUAAUAUGAUUAUGCUUCCUUGGGAAUUCAAAGUCUCACAGAAAAUGUAAAAAACAGAGUUUAUUUUUCUUUUUGGUAUCGAAAUUAAUAUCUGUAUAAAAAUAAUCAGGCCACAGAAAAAAAGUUAAGGAAACGCUGUUCUAGCAUAAAAAUGUAUCUGAUGAACCAGGGAUUCUUAACCUGUGUGGAGCACAGCACACAUCCCCUCUUGAUUUCAAAACAUUUCUAGCAAAACCCACAAUCAAAAAUGCUAUUAAAAAUGCAAAUAAACCUGAUUGUUCUGGGUCUUGCCACAUCUUCUGACACUGCCUCCCCUCCAUCACCAAUGGUUGAGGACACCCCUAUUUAAGAACCCCUGUGACAAGCUCUAGAAUUGAAAUAGCCAAUUUUAGAGUAUAAUAAUAAGAUAUAUUUAUCCCAUGUUUGUUCAUAAGGUUAUUCUGCUUUCACCUGAUGUUGUUUUUAAACAGUAAUCUAAAAAGAGAAACCUUUUUAAGCUUUAAUUAGACCCUGAAAUAAUAUUUGAGUAUGGUGGUGAUGUUUUUUUUUUUCUUCUGUUUUAAAUCUUAUUGCUAAGAUUGUUCCUUUUUCUUGGCUUUAGCUCUUGCGCCCCUCAUCCAGCUGUCAGUAUGUGAAAGAUUUAAGAUCUGCAAUUAAAGCUUCUUUUGCCUCCAGCAGACUCAUGAUGUUUGAGAAGGUAAAUCUGACAACAGAUCACUGAUGAACUGGUUUUUAGCAUGAAAACUAUUCUCUCAAAUACAUUGGAAAAAAAUGGGUGUGGUGUUAAUUAAACAUAAAUUAAACUUAAAUGUUUCUUUGUUAAAGAUAAUGAGACGUCCCGAAAGAUAGAAUGAUUAGGGCAUUGAGUGUAUGUUGAUUGGCAAGAAGGACAUUGAUUAGGGAAUUGAUUGUGUGUUGAUUGGCGAGAAGGGCGUUGAUUAUGUCAUUGAUUGUGUGUUGAUUGGCGAGAAGGGCAUUAGGUUUAUGUUUAUCCGAAGGGUUGAAGGUUAUAUUGAUGGGAAGGGUUAAAGGUUAUGGGGAUGGGAAGGGUUAAAGGUUAUGUGGAUAGAAUGGGUUAAAGGUUAUGUGGAUGGGAAAUGGUUAAAGGUUAUGUGGAUGGGAAUAGUUAAAGGUAAAGUGGAUGGGAAGGGUUAAAGGUUGUGUGGAUGAGAAGGGUUAGAGGUUGUGUGGAUGGGAAGGGUUAGAGGUUGUGGGGAUGGGAGGGGUUAGAGGUUGUGGGGAUGGGAGGGGUUAUAAGGUUGUGUGGAUGGGAAGGGUUAAAAGGUAUGUGGAUAGGAAGGGUUAAAGGUUAUGUGGAUGGGAAGGGUUAAAGGUUAUGUGGAUGGGAAGGGUUAAAGGUUAUUGGAUAGGAAGGGUUAAAGGUUAUAUGGAUAGGAAGGGUUAAAGGUUGUGUGGAUGGGAAGGGUUAAAGGUUAUGUGGACGGGAAGGGUUAAAGGUUAUGGGGAGUGAAGGGUUAAAGGUUAUGUGGAUGGGAAGGGUUAAAGGUUAUGUGGAUAUGAAGGGUUAAAGGUUAUGUGGAUAUGAAGGGUUAAAGGUUAUGUGGAUAUGAAGGGUUAAAGGUGGAUUAGAUUCCUUAUCUAUAGAGUGAGGCUGUCUCUUUUCUGGGCAUCUAUAUUUGAGUGAAGAGAAAAUCUCUGUUGACAAAGUUAGUCAUGAACUGUGAGAGAAUAUGGAAUGGUUAUUGUAAUUAUGUGCCUUUCCCUUUGAUAUUUCAGGAACUAAUGCUGAACCUGAGUCGAAGCACAGGAAUGGAUAUAAACAUUACAACGUUACAUGAUUUGGCUGAUGUGAUUUUCUGUCAGGUAACAAAUGUUCAAUGCUUAAGACUUGGGAAUAAAAUGAAAGUGCUCAGAAAAAAAAAUGGGGGAAAUAAAGAGCAACCUUAAAUUAUCAUCAUGAAAAGUCAUCAAAGUUGGUGUUAAAUUUGAAGUAUGUAUGAAGCAAUAAGAAGUGUCAUAAAUCAUUUGGCAUUUUUAGAAUUUCAUCAGGGUAGUAAACAGUAACAUUCCUGAAAACUUUAUGUUAUUAUGCAUAGACAAAGCGUUGACUGCAAUAACAGUUAAAUAUUUAAAUGAUUGUUACUGAAUAAUACAUUUUUGUAUACAAACAUUGGUUAGAAAAAUCAUGACAUGAAACAACCAGAGUGGCUGAGUCCAGAGAUUGAAACUGAGUUAUUCAAUUACAAGUCACAUCAAGAAUUGGUCAGCCCAGAGGAUGCAAAGUAUUUAGCAGGUGGGAUGAAAAAAAAUGAAUAAUUCUGUUUUAAUUAAAAGAAUGCCUCUGGAAUGUUCCCCAUAGUCAAUGUAAGAAGAUUUGAAGUGUUACAGGGGGUAAUGAGCAACUAGAAACUUAACUCAAAAUUUUUUGGGAAUUACCUCUUGGCUUAAAAAAAACAACAACUGAUGUUAAAAUCCCCAGUGAAAGUUGUAUUAUGGAAUGAUUUUUAUAAUGGUAUGACCUCAAGAAAAGUUUGAGUUGGUAAAGUGGGCCUUGUCUUUGCAAAGUGAUUACCUAUCAGUUCACAUUACAUAAAUCAUUCUGAUUUUAGCAUGGAUUUUUUGUUGGGUGCAUUUUUAUAUUGGACUAAGAAUGUUAAUUUUGUUAUUUAUUUAUUUUAUAAUAAUUUUAAACUUUUCAUUCUAUUGGGAUUAAGUUAAAAAAUUUUUGGUUUACUUCAGCUUGAUGUUCUGACAGUAACUUAAUCAAUUUUUAAUUUUAAAGUUAAGACAAUCAUUUUUUUAUGUGUGCGUUAAUUUUGUACAGAGAAGUAUCUGCCUUGGCCAUUGGGCCGCUCUUUGUUGCAACGAGCAUUGUUGCCCACGGGUUUUUUGAAUAUCUAAUUGAGCUAUUAAUGAGCCAAGCUGCAGUCUCUAACAUGAAUACAGCUUAUUUUUGAGGUACAAAUGAAGUUCUGUCAUGGUUAUGUAAGCAAUAAAUACUGUAAAGCCACCAAGAAUUCACAUGCUCCAAAAUUCAAGAAAAUUUGUUUUGUGGAAAUUAGUCAAAAAUGUGAUCCAGGCUAAUAGACCAUUUAAAAUAUGUUAUGUUGUUUUUGCCUCUUCAUAGCAUCUGAUUUAUUUAAGCAGGUGGGAGUAUAUUUGUCUUCUACAUUUGUAACCAAUUUUUGUUGGGCUCAGACAUUAUGUAGCUGCAUCAGAUGUUAUGGUUCCCAUAAGUUAAGUGGGAUAGUAAUAUUCCUGGUUUACUAAAACCAUUCAGAAGUGUUUCAUCUCUCACACUUUGUUUAACUUUUUUUUAUUGAUAUGAGAGAAUUUUAAUAAUGUAUAUUUUCUCCUGUUAGGUACUUUGUUUCAAACACUGAUCAGGAACAUGGAAAACAAAAUGAGCAGCUCCUCAGAUUCUCACAAAUUGAUUAUGUUUUCUGCUGUAGGUAUUUCCGGAUCGACUGUCCAACUACAUUCACACAGACUGUCCAAAAUUUAAUAACAUUAAAUAAUUGAUAAAUUAGUAAGCAUCACUUAAACUAAACACAAAUUUAAUUAGUUUCUUUACUCUGGAACUUUCAUUAUUUUAAUAGAGUUAAAAUUUUCCAGAUUUGUUAGUGAAAUAAUUUUUUGCACUGGAACCUUAAUGCUUUAGUGGAUUAAAGACACAAACAUAAUUUCAUACAAGAAGGGUGAAGUUUUAUUUUAAAAUUUUUAAUUGAAUAAAAGGACAGGUAAUAUAGCAAAAACCUUGGCUACAAAAUAUAGUGAAACAUUCUAAAAUUUCAAUUAUGUACCUUGAAUUUUGUUGUAAAAUGUGUUCCUUGUAUUCAUAAUCAAAUAACUCUAUCACAGCAUGAGUCACCUGUUAGAUUCACUAAGGCCUUGUUGGGAGUUGAUGACAGGUUGGAGGUACCUUACACAGGGGCUCUCAUAGCAGAGCUGCACAGGAUGCAAGGAAACUACUUUGUGAAAUUCUUGUAUAGGAACACUAAAGAUGAACCACUCAUUACCUUCUUGGUCAAAUGUAAGUGCUGUCUCUCAUUAGGUUAAGCGAUGGAGAAAAUAAAUGUUUAUUAAUUAUAAAUCAUUUAACAAAUGGGCAAAAUUAAUCUGGAAAAAAUGUUUGAGUUUAACAGUUUAAAAAUAUAAUUAUGUUUAGCAAAAAAUAUGAUUUUAACAAAUUUAACAAAACCAGAUUCCUUCAGUUAAGUUUGUGUUUGAUAUCUCAGAAAAGUUCAAAAUAGGGAGUAAAAGUGCUGUUCCAGCUCACUGAUACAUUUUUUAAAGUCUUUUGGGGUCAUCUAACAAAACAUAAGAUUAAAAAAAUGUCCAAUAAGUAUUGUCACCCCCUGCCUCCCCCCACACCUUCUUUACUUGUGAUCUUUUAAUUUAUCUAGUCAUAAACAUGUAUGAUUGAUGCAGAUUGUAAGUCAGAGUUAUGCCCAUACAAGGAGUUCCAUAAGGCAUAUCAAGACUUGAUUGUGACAGAUGAAGAGUGGGAUGACGUGUGUUCUGCUCAGUCUACACCAAAACAUUCCACAGAUGAUAGUAAGUCAAGCGUGAGCCCACCAGCUUAAGUUCAGUAUUUUAGAGUAGUAGAUUAAAAACAACACCUAAUGAGUCAAUUCAUGUAAGUUAACUUUACAUAAUAUGUAAAUACAUGUAUAAAUACAUCCUUCCUAAAAAUAGAUAUGAAAAAUGUUUUUGGUAGGAUACAUGUAUAGCGUGUCUCUCAUUAAUCUACUUGAAAGCUUUAUUGCAGUCCAACACCCUUAUAGCUCGUUAACUAAUUAAUUUAAAGAUUUCCCUGACCAAUGAUCCACUAUUGUUUAUAUACAUCCUUCAAGUUAUGAUCUAACUCUGAGAAUCCUACUCUACAAGUGACUGCGAAUGUUUGCCCAUGACAAAAGCUGCACACAGAAAAUUAUGACAAUUUAUUCUUGGAUAAAUAAAAUCCCUAAUGACCCGCUCAUAAGCCAACCACUCCACUUAUUCUUCUGAUAUAUUUCAAGAAAACUGUUGGCUUAUGAAUGGGUAUAUGUGGUACUUGUGUGUUACUACGGAUUGUGUCUCUUGAUGAAAAAUCUGGCUUGUGGAAUGAUGCUGCCAGGUUUACAUGCUGAUAAUACAGUUAUGACAAGGAUCUUAAAAAUGCAUCACAUGUUGUUUGAAGAGAAUUGCUAGUACGAACGUUGGUAAAAUAAAUAUGAAUAAACAAGUUGACAUAGAUCUAUUUUCUCUUUCCUAGGUUGGAUUCCAUACCUGGUGGCAGCCCUUGUUAUCUUGAUAGCCGUCGUCAUUUUUCUUGGCUAUAAAGUUUAUAGUCUACAACAGCAGAUCAGACAGGGCCCCAGCCAAGAUGAAUAUGCUUUAUUGAUGAACCGAGCUGAGACUAGUGAUAGUGAGAAUGAAAUGGAGAUGGAGGACACGCUCAGUGGGGUCUUCAGUCAGGCUAAUAACAGCAACACCAGAUCACAGUUUAUUGCAGAAUAUAGUGAGCUGGGGUAACACUGGUCAGUCAUUGUCAGUAACAACAAUAUCCAAAAUUAUGGUUGUGAAUUACAAUCUCUCAUCAUGUAUCAAAUAUUUAAUUAAUUGAUAGCUACUAAAUUCUGCAUAUAUAAUAAAAACAAAUGGAAUUUUUUAGAAAUAAGUUUUAGGAAAGAACAUCCAUCCAUCCCUGUGGCGCUACAGCCCAUGUAGGGCUUUGGCCUGCCUCUCUACUUCCUUUCACUCACACCUAACUAAUGCUUUUCUUUUCCAUGCUUGGAUUCCCAGCUGUUGUAGAUCUUUUUCCACAUCAUCCAUCCAUCUGAGCCUAGGUCUGCCUUUGAGCCGUUUCCCUCUGGGGGUUUUGGUGAUGUACCCUCAUCACUGCUCUGUCAUUAGGCAUUAUUUCUGCCUAGUGUAGCCUACCCUUUUUUAUUUCUGCUCCUAGCUUGGGAUCCUGAUAUAGAUUUUUCAAGUCCUGGUUGGUUGGUAUUCUCCAUUCAUAUUCAUCCGUUGUUGAAGACUAAACAAGAAGCUUUACAUUUUAAAUGCAUUCUCAAUAAAUUUAUUCAAAAUGUAAAUUAGACUUAGCAUUUAAAAUGUUUUUUUUUUUUUUUAAUGACCUUAUUUUUCAGUUGAUAAAAAGUAACCUUGUCAAAAGAUUUAUUUAAGAAUAUAUUAAAAGAUCAUCGUGUCUUCAUUAACAUUCCUUUAUGCUAAUUAUUGUUAAUUUAAGUUUUAAAAUUAUUUUGAUGGAUUAUUUUUUUUUAUGGGAAUAAGCAUUUUAUAUUCAGAAAAAACGCACAGUUUUUAACUUAAUGCACAGAACACAUGCUUUCAUUUUAUUGGUUGGAGUUUUGAUUUUUCUAAAUGUUUCACUACUCAUGUUAAAAUUGGGAGUGAUUUUUCUUUAAAUGGGUCUUGAUCUUGAUAUGGCAACUACAACGUGGAUAUCUAGUAAAUGCAUAACUUGUAAAUCAAAAAUAAUUCAAAAUUUGCUGGAUUUUCAUUAUAAAUGGGACCCAAAAGUUGAAGAGUAAUGAAAUAUUUAUGAUGGAGUUUCAUUUACAUAAUUUAUUAAACAAACUUGUAUCAGUGCAUCGCAUGGGCUAGAUAUAAAGAACAUUGAACGGGUAACUGCACUAUUUGUACCACAUCUUCUUUUGCUUUAGUUAAAACCCAUAGUCCAAAACUGACCUAUUUUUUCCCUAGUAACAGGAAAUCGAACGUCGCUGUAGGCUUGAAAAGAAUUAUAAUUACUUUAAUCUGAUUGCAUAUUUAAAAAGGGGAACUUAGUAUCUAUUAGGGUGAGAAUUUCACUCAAAAAAGUUUUGUUACUUCUAUUUUGAUAAUUCCAUACAUAACCUUGAAGCUUUAUAAUUAACAGAGGCCAUUUUCAGAUUCCAUCAAUCCUUUACAAAAAAAGAAAUAAAAUAACAUUUCUGAAAGGAGCAGUUAAUAUAUUCAUUCUUAACAUCUAUCUUUUUCAAUUUUAUUUUAGUUUGUGAUUUAGUUUGUGAAAUAAUUUCAAUAUAAAAAGCUAAACUUAUAUAACAAUCAUUAAAUGUUAAAGAAUCUGUGCUAAUAUUCAAUAUAUCCUAUGGGGAAUAAAAUGGAGUAAGGGAAAUUCUUUAUUGGAUAGUAAAUUACUUCAGUGUGUUCGUUUAUAGUGAAAGUUCCUUAAAAUGUUACCAAAAAAAAUUCAGUUUGAAAUGUGUUGUACAAUUCCAGAAUUUGAGCCCACAAAUACAUUUAUACGGUGUGUUUAAAAAAAAUAUGUGUCCAUUAUUAUAUUUAAUUCAGCAGUUUUGCUGGCCUUGCAUUUAUCAUCAAAUGGCCUUCUAUUGAUAUUGAUUUAUAUGCCAGAUUUAUGAAGUUAUUCACAUAGUUUGUUUAUACUUAUAUAUUGGAGAAAAGAAAAAAAUAUUUAUCUUUUAUUAUGUCUUAAAGUUAAAUGUGUUUGCUUAAGUUAUAAUACCUGACAAUUAUUCUGCACAUUUGAAGAUAUAUAUGUAUACAUACUGCCAAAGUAUACCUUUUUAUAUGUGCAAAAUAAUUGUCAGGUAUUGUUGUUUAUAAUUUUGAUCUCAUCAAACCUCGACAAAACAAGCUUUCAUAAAUAGUUCUUUAAUUUGUAACUGCUGUGAUGUUUCAUUAGUGAUGUGUGUAAAUCAGUUUAAAGCCUCAGCUAAUCAGUACAGUAAAAAUCAAUGAAUGAAAGUUUUUAUGAUUUUGUUGAAAUGUCAUAAUUAGCUGGUCUUUUGACAGCUCUAUUACCCAAUUAAAGCCAUAAUCUUAUGUGCCACCAUAACAAUUUAAUGUUGGCAUAUAUAAGGGAAGUUUUUCUGGUUCUAGCAACACUACCUCGAAAAUAAAACUAGUCCUUGUAUUGCCUUAUAUUAGUGUUGACAGUUAAAAUCUAACUAGCAAAGAUCUGAAAAGAGUGAUCAUGUCAUUAUACAAAUUAUUUUGUUCAAAGAAUGUACAGUUUUUAUUGGUUUGGCAUUUCAUCAACUUUAAUGCUUGUUGUGUUCCAUAAACGGCAAGAGGCAAAAUAAAUAUUUAAUUUAUCAUGCACCAACACCUUUUUGCUCAACUAUCUUCUUCAAAUGAUGUUUUAUUAUGGCAAGCUUUAAAAAUUAUUUAACAAUAAAAAAUAUUACAUGCA